UUUCUCACGCUCAAGUAGAAGUAAUUGAUUAUUAUCAUCCAAAGAGCUCUGAGCUCAAGUACUUGAUGGAUAUUUCCGCACCUCUGCUAUGUGCCAGCUGUAAUUCUAACUUGAACUACUUCAAUACCCCCUUUGUAGAUCCUGGUCUACAUGAGUCAAUCUCAACUUGGCUUCGAAAUGGAUUUGGUCGUCUAUCUGUUCCCUCCGAGAGAUUAGCGCAAAUUAGUACGUUUGUUGCAGAUGCUUCGAGGAGUCUUCGUGGAUACGACAAGACAAUAACGGAGAUGGAGCGUCAACUCUCCAAAAUAAAAAAAGCGCGAGACAAUCUCCGGAGCCGUUUUGACGAUGCACAAUCUUUGAUUAGUUCCCCCAUACGGAACUUGCCACUAGAGGCUUUGAACGAGAUCUUUGCUUGGUGCUGCAAACAGGGUGGAAGCGACUAUUCUCUCUGCUUAGAGGAAGGCUCUGUGUUUUGUCCAACUCUUAGGCUCACCUGGGUUUGUUCCUCCUGGCGGACAAUCAUACAAUCAUCCCCGGAUCUAUGGUCGUCCAUUGAGGUGACAUCGUCUCAACUGUUCCAUUCUCACCCGUCGUCCUUUCAACUCUUCCUGAUGUAUCUUUCAUACUCGAGGAAUAAUCCUUUGGAUCUCUACUAUGAUAUAGAUCUCGACAAUAGGCUUCUCUCACGGAAUGUUGAGAAGGCAUUUGACACCUUGUUGGAUAGUUCAGUCAGAUGGCGCCGUGUCACUUUGGUUGUCCCAAAGAGAGGUUCCAACGACUGGUUCUCAUACGCUGCUUCUAGGUUGAGCGCACGCGCUGCAUUGGAACCGGAACGAUCAGCCCAGUUGGCACUGGGAAGCUUUCCUCUUCUGGAAUCCAUCCAAAUUCCACGCCAUCUCCCCUGGUCAGAUGGGCUCUCGACAUUCUUUGGAGUGCUUUCGCCUUGUCUCCGCCUACAAAGUUAUCAGGGCUCCAUUUUCUCGUGGGCGGGCCGUAGCAUUGACGUUUCUCAUCUUACAGAGUUAGCAGUCACUUUUCUGUUCGGAGAAUCUAUCCCACAGCUGGUCCGUCGAUUACCUACACUACAAAGUGUCUCCGUUGAAUAUGUCAGGCUCAAUUAUGAGCUCGCUGAGGAUGUUGAUGAGGAGUCACUGGAGAUAGACCAAGAACUCCACUAUUCCUCCCUCUUAAAGCUGCAAAUCCCUAAUACGCAGUUAUCUUCGCGGUCCUGGAGCUUCCUUCGUCUACCAUCUUUGACGCACUUGCAAAUAGAUUUCAGCCGACAAUCCAUUGACGGACCUUUCUUUACGAUGCUUGCUGAUUCGCAGUGCAAACUUCAAACUUUACGAGUGCGUAUGACGUCUAGUCCUCUCAAGCAGGCGCUGCUCGAUUUCAUUGCUCUACAUCCUACCAUUGUCACCUUGAGUGUUGACAUUUCAUCUGUCGAGGUCCUAAGAGACUUCACGGAAUAUCUCAAAUUGAACGACCAAGGAGGCAUUGCGCCGCAUCUCUCCUCAUUGGAACUCGGUUGUAAAUUCCGACCGUAUGAGAUCACUCAGGCGUCGCUGUGUCCAAGCAUUUGCGAGAUGAUCGAGUCUCGAUGCGCCAUACUUCGGUCUUCAGAAGGGAACCCAAUAGGCAUAUCUGGUUUGCAGGCAUUGACCCUAGUGUUGAAUCACCAACACUCUUAUCUGAUUGUUGACCAUUUCAUCCAUACUCAUCUUUCUCCCCUUGAAGAGGCUGGCUUGCAGGUGGAUUUGCACUCUUAAGCCGGGACGGUCUCACCAACCGCGUCUGUCUUUUCCUUCAAUUGAAUGCUGCGAGACAUUCAUUGAUUCAUCUCGUUUCCGACACCGUU